ACAUUGCUAGCAAGCACAUGUGCAACAAAACAAACUUGGUUGUGAAUUGUGUUCUUUUCAAUUUUGUUCAAUUUGUUAACGAAUUAAUUUGUGUAACACAAUGCAAAUGAAAAUGGAUAAAAAAAUGACGCAAAAGUUUGAUAAGCAGCAAAUUCGUCGAAUACUUGAAUUUGAAAAUGAGUUCAUUUCAUCAUUGUUCGACAGUUUCGAAGUGCCAGAUUCAAUUGAAGAUGAGACGUUCGAUGAGCAAUUUCUAUUGAAAACAAAAGAAAGAGCGGGUAAAGCAAAAUUAAAUGCGCGUAAAACAGAGAGUCAGCCGUCAGUGGACAUGGAACAACGUUUAGAAAUCAUUCGCAAUAAAAUGAAGAGCAAAAAAACCAAGCCUUCAGCACGCGCAAUCGAAAAAAAGAAACAGAAGAAAUUGAAAAAAACCAAGGAACUGAAGAAAAAAUUAAUUAGCGUCGCCAAAUCGCUGAAAAAUGAAAAGGUCAAGGAGGGAAAGAACGUAAAUUCGUCAAAUGUUGCGGAGAGUAAUGGUGUUGAUGUUACACCAGAUCCAGAUAUUAAACCGGACAUUAAGCCAGCUAAAGUGUUUAACGAAGAAGGAAAAAUGGUAUUUUCGAAGUUUGAAUUUGCAGCACAGGCUAGCAGAGCAAAGAAGACGAAAAAAGAUAAAACAAUCAAGGAUCCAAAACUGUUGAUAAAGAAAUUGAAACAGGAGAAGGAGCAAAUCAAUGAAUUGGUGUCACAAGGUGAAGUGGAAAAGGCUGAAGAGUUGAAGAAAAACAUUGCCUGGCAAAAAGCAUUUGACAAAACUGAGGGAAAGAAGGUGAAAGAUAACGUCAGUCUUUUACACAAAACGCUCCACAAAAAGAAGGUAGAGAAGAAGAAGUCGAAAGAACAGUGGAAGCAACGUGAACAGAAGAUUGAAAAAGAGAAAGAAAGCAAGGCAAAACGACGUGAGGAGAAUAUCAACAAAAAGAAAGACGAAAAGAAGAAACACAAGUUGAAGAAGGCUUCCAAACGUGGACGGGUCAUUGCCGGCUAUUAGAAUCUGUUAUCAACUAGCAAAUGAAAUUUAAACUAAUUUUAAAUUACGUUCAAAUGAAAAUAACGCAUAUAUAAAAUUUACCCACUGUCAAUCACUGAAAUGGAUACUAGUGUUCAUUUGCGUUUAUUGAGUUCAAAUAAAUUUUAUAUUUUAAUUA